GCCACGCUGGUUGCAAUGAUUAGGAUUUAGGACCCUUCUCUCUGUCAUUCCGAACUCUCAAAUUUCCAACAACACUAGGGUUUUUCUGAGGUUUAACUGAUCCGACUCCCACACGAAAUGGCCCGCUCCAACGCCACCCAUCUGGCUCGCGCCGCCCUCUCUUCCCAUCUUCUCCGCGAACCCUUUUCUGUAUUUGAAUCAACAUGCAGUGCUGGUUGCAGACACUAUAAUACAUCAAUAUGCAACAAGCCGAGACCUUUACUCCAAUCUUACUUCACAAAUGGGGUCAAUGGAAGAGUUUCGUGGAAGUUCGAACAAUCAAAUGCUUAUUUUGGUCAGACAAGAUCAAUCCAUGCAACAGCAAAAAUGUCAAGCAGAGAUUUUUAUGAUGUACUUGGCUUAAACAAGAAUGCAACGGCAUCUGAAAUUAAAAAAGCAUAUCUAGGGCUUGCAAAACAGUUGCAUCCAGAUGUGAAUAAAGAUGACCCAGAAGCUGCAAAGAAGUUUCAGGAAGUUCAAAGGGCUUAUGAGGUUCUGAAAGACGAUGAAAAGCGCCAGACUUAUGACCAGGUGGGUCAUGAUGCAUUCAAUAGUGCAGAAGAGAAUGGAGGUGCGGGGCCUGGCUUCCCUGGGUCUCCAGGUUUCGAGGACAUGUUUAACUUUGAUAUCUUCAGACCAAAGAUGGGCGGGGAAGAUGUCAAGCUCUCUGUGGAACUCUCUUUCAUGGAAGCUGUUCAGGGUUGCAAUAGAAGUGUUACAUUCCAAACUGAGUUACCUUGUGGUGCUUGUGGUGGAAGUGGCGUUCCCCCAGGGACAAGACCUGAAACAUGUAAACGCUGUCGAGGCUCCGGCAUGGUGUUCCAGCAAACUGGCUUUUUCACAGUUCAGUCUACCUGUCCACAAUGCAGAGGGUCUGGGAAAAUAGUAUCGAGUUUCUGCAAGACAUGCAAGGGAAGCCGCGUAGUAAGAGGGACUAAAACUGCAAAGUUGGAUAUUAUGCCAGGAGUGGACAACGAUGAGAUUCUGAAAGUAUACAGAAGUGGUGGAGCUGACCCUGAUGGCAAUCAAGCGGGUGAUCUUUAUGUUACCAUAAAGGUUAGGGAAGAUCCUGUGUUUCGAAGAGAAAGGUCUGACAUACAUGUCGAUGCUCCUUUGACUAUCACCCAGGCUAUUUUGGGAGGAACAGUUCAAGUCCCAACUCUAACAGGAGAAGUUGUUGUCAAGGUUCGUCCUGGUACUCAACCUGGACAAAAAGUUGUACUGAAAAAGAAAGGAAUAAAAGCAAGGAAUUCAUAUACAUUUGGGGAUCAGUUUGUUCACUUUAAAGUUGGCAUUCCAACCAACUUGUCAGAAAGGCAACGUAAACUAAUAGAGGAGUUUGCCAGAGAGGAAGAUCGAGAAGAGGAUAAGCGGGCUGCUGCAGGUGCUUCUGGAUGAAAAUGUGGUGGGUCGAUUAAAAAGAAUAAUCUUUGAAUUCUUUCGGAGUUGUGGCAGAUCAAUUUUGGACAGAUGUUAUGUUGUAAUUUGUUAUUGUUAAGGCCUCUCAGUUGUAUAUACAAAUUCAUGUUAUUCUUUCAUUUAAUGGAAGAAUUUCCAAUUUUCUGAGUAAUUAUAGAUUCGUAGAUCCAUGUAUACUCAUGGAUACAAACAGUGCAAGCGUUGCCCGAACUAUUGAUCAUUUGAUCUAUUUCACAGUUUAAUCUCAAGAAGGUGUAUUAGUGCAAAGUGCAAACAAA